GAGGAGACGUAUAAAAACAGGAGGAGGAGGAGGAGACGCUCAGAGUCCAAGUGAGGAGACGGACGACAAACCACCAAAGAAGAAAAGAUAAGGAGCUGAAAUAGACACCACCGAAGAAGAAGCAGGAUCUUUAAUAAUCUAAUUUCUCUGUUUUGUAAAAAUCUCUGUGGCGAUGGAGGGUGUGCGAGUGCUGGUCUACCUGUCCGUCUGUCUGUCCCUGCUGACGUCACUGUGUCAGGGUCAAAGGUCGCCUGACGGCCAGCUGCCGUCUGCAGCGGCCGAGCCGACACUCGGACUCACGACCAGAGAGCUGGCGGAGGCUCUACAGGGUUUCCUGGACGAGGCAGAAUCCAGGGUCGGACUCUCUGUGGAGAAGAAAGCCAGCGUCAUCCCUCGAUGCGACGUUGGUGAACGAUGUGCGAUGAAACAUGGACCUCGAAUCGGUCGACUGUGCGACUGCCUGAGAGGAACCGCCUGUAACACCUUCUUCCUGCGCUGCUACUGACACACGUCCUGUCCCUGGUCCUCACAGAGAUAGAAAGACACCCUGCAUGUCUCAGUCUGGUUCUGUGUCUCAGAUUCAUGUAUUUUUAUUAAAUAAAGUUUCUUCAUAAAGCU